AUGGCAGGAAGCAUUAUUAUGGCUGAGGAGAGGAGUGGUGGAAUGGACAUGACUGCCACAGAUGGGUCUUUGCUGAUAUCAUCACAACCUCACCACAGCCAUGACUCGUUGAUUGCUACUUCCGAGUCAGUCAACGAGCCAUUCAAGUCUACAACCCAACUGUUGUCUGCAGAAGACUGCAAAGGUAAAGGUACUGAGGAGCUGCUUCACACAACUGCUGCUUCGACUGAACCAAAUGGAGUCGACUUGCAUGAGCAUUCAGAACAACUUCAAUCCGACACUCAUCAAGAACAGUCAAAGGAAUCCACAGUCUUGGAUCUUUCUGAAAAUGCUCGUACCAGAGUCAAGGUCUAUGAGAUGGGUUCGAGCUCUCAAUGGACUGACAAGGGCACUGGUCAUGUUGUGUGUGUGUUUGUCGAGACACUGGCUGGAUUCUGUUUGAUUGUUAGAUCUGAAGUAGAUGGCUCUGUUUUAAUGAAUGUUAAACUUGCACACGAUAUUCUCUAUCAACGUCAGGAAGAUACACUUAUUGUAUGGUCAGAACCCAAUGUUGGAGAUCUGGCACUUAGUUUCCAGGAAAUUGUUGGAUGCUCGGAAAUGUGGGAUCAUAUUUUCGAUAUACAGUCUCGGCUGGCUACAAACAAAAUAGAUACUGAAAACUUACUCCUCAGAGAAGAGGCAUCAGUAGAUGGCAUCCAGCAAAUGGUGGUUGAUUUGGCUGAUCCUGAACUGAAAAAUCUUGCAGAUAUUGAAUUUACCAUAAGCCAUUCAACUCGUAGUGCUCAUGUUCGAGAGCAGCUAGCAAAAUUCAUUAUUGAAACAGGAUACAUUGAUAAACUACUUCCACUACUCGAGUUGUGUGAGGACCUUGAAAGUACUUCGGACUUGUUUAUACUAUCUAGCAUUCUUCGUAGCAUCAUUUUUUUGAACGAUCAGAAAAUCCUCGAGCAUAUUUUAAACGAGGAAGUAUUUACCCUUGUGGUAGGCAUACUGGAGUAUGAUAAAGACUUUCCUCAGACCAAAGCCAACCAUCGUGAGUAUCUGGAGCGACAUGUUCAUUUUAAGCAGGUUAUUCCCAUAGCCAACGAGAAAACUAUUGUACGAAUCAAGCAAACGUAUCGAGUACAGUACCUUAGAGAUGUUGUUCUUGCCCGUGUCCUUGACGAACAAACAUACACAUUGCUAAAUUCCAUCACAUACUUUAACAAUCUGGAAAUUGUUCAGUCGUUUUGGAAGGAUGACGAGUUUCUUGAAAAAUUGUUCAGUCUCUUGAGUCAAGACCAUGUUUCUGCAGAAAAGAAAAAGGAGGUUAUUUUGUUUUUGAAUGACUUGUCAGCCAUGGCUCGCACCAUUCAGAAACAGCUCCGUUCAGAGUUUUAUCUGGCUCUUGGGAAUCAUGGCUUGUUUACAGUAUUCGAGCAUACGCUCGGUGACACAGAUGAGCUUGUGCGGAUUGCUUCGGUUGCUAUUCUUCACAAUAUUUUAGAUCACGAUCCGUCGCUUGUGCGAUCGUUUUGUCUAGCACAGGUUGAAGAGGGUCACAGGCCACUUAUUGAUUUUGUCAUUGAACAAUUCUUGAAUGAGCCCGACUCUGGACUUCGAUCUCAAAUUUCUGACUGUCUCCGAUCUAUACUGGACACUUCUGGAAUGGACUCUGUCAAUAAUAUUUUAGUUCGAUCUUUGGGAGAAGCUAAUGCAGACAAUUUUCAGCAGCUCUUUUACAAUUCCUACUGCAAGGUUUUGUUUUCUCCACUAACACAGCUUGACAAAAUGCCAUUGGUGAACCAGCGUGAUGGGUCACAGGUCAUGGUUUUGGAUAGUCGAUUGGUUUCUAUUUGCAGUCAUCUCUGUGACUUGUUGUGUUUUGUCAUUACUCAGCACGCCAUGUUUAUCAAAAACUUUAUCUUGCGUGAAAGAUUGCUGCGUCAUACAGCUUUACUUUUUCGUGCAAAAGAAUCCCAUUUGCGUCUAUCUGCUCUCCGUGUUCUCCGCACCUUUAUUGGCACAAAUGACCAGUUUUACUAUCGUAUCUUGGUUCAAUCUGAUGUCUUUGGCCCUGUUUUUGCUGCACUGAUUGACACAAGAGGCAAGCCAAAUCUCUUCAACUCUGCGUGUUUGGAAUUUUUUGAAACAGUCAGGAAUGCUGGAUCUUCGAGAUCGAUCGUUACCCAUAUUGUCGAGCACUUUCACAAAUUUUUUCCAGCUCUGGCAUAUGUAGAUACUUUUAAGCAAUUGCAUUUAGCGUAUGAGCAGCAACACGAACAAGUAAAAAACGAAGACCAAGCCGAGAGUGCGACUACGGAUAAAAGUGGUGCGGAUACUAGCAAGUUGGAUAAACAGCCUUUACAAAAGGAUGGAUGGGCUAAAAUGGAUAUGAACGAAGAAGCUUACUUUAGUACCUUUGAUGAAGAAGAAGAGACUGUGGAAGUAGAUGCUCAUGCUACUACUACCGAGCCAUCCACACCUGCCCCAACAACCGAGUCUAAACUCCCAGUCAAACGAGGCCCUCUUGUUAAUUACCCCGAUGAUGACGACGACGAAUUGGACCUGAUUCAUACAAAGCGACAGGCUUCAUCCAAGAUGGGUUCAAAAUCCACUGCACAAAAAUUUACGAUAUCUAUUGGCGGGACUAGCGAAAAUAGUUUACACACAACGGACUCUUGCACCGCUUUAGCUAGCAAUUCAAGCACUGAGAAUAGCAGCACAACACAUGAAUCUAAAGGCUUGAUGUUAGAGCCUUUAGAUUCAUCGCUAGGAUCUUUUGAAAACACAUUAAAAAAGGAAUCACGUUCUGAAAACGUAGAGUCUAAAUCAGUCGAGACACAUUCAGCUGAUAAGAUGACACCAUUACCAGCCGCGUCGCACUUGAACUGCGAUCCACCCUCUACACUACGCUUACAGGCUGAUCAUGGUAGCACACUCACAUCAGUCAUGGAGUUAAUGCAUCAGCAAUACCACGAGGUGUUACCGGCUAGUACAAAGACAUCAGAACAAGAUGAUGGAAUGGAGGAUGGGUUAGUUGGUGCCAAAGGCUUACUCACUGAUGAAGCAGAUCGCCGACCUAAAAAAGCUCGAGUCCUGUAAUAAAGUUUUUUAUUCAAACU